AUGGUCGAGCUAUGUGAACUUAAAUUAGUGGAUCAGAAUUUGGAAUCACAAUGGCCAGCUGACAUCGAUCAGCACAUCGCACAGCUUGAUUUUCAACGAUCAACUGAUGACGAGGAUAUAAGCCUAUUCUCAAGCAUGGCUUUAGAUCCUUCCAUCAUAUCCACUGAUAGCCUUGACAUCGAGAAGCUUCAUGCCCGAUGCGAGGUAAAAAAAAAUGAUUACAAAUUAACGUUCGAGGAUAGCGGCCAAUGGACAAGUGGUAAUUUUACUACUUGGGGGCGUAUUCGAAGUACAGAGCCGUUAGACGAAAAAACCAAUAGUUUGCCUGAAUUAAGCAACAAUCUGAAAGCAACAACAAGCGAACAGCAACGACCAUCGAGUCUGGUGGCAACUUUUGUUGAACGACAAUCCGACUAUGAUUAUUCAGAUUUCUAUGUGGGCAAUGGACGUUAUUUAGAUGUCAAUGAUAAUGAAAUCGGUUUUGUGUCACAAAGUACGGCAGCUGUGCAACGGGCAGACCGUUGGCGUGCCGCAAAUCGUAUACCGCCAAACCCUCCAAUGAAACCUCGACGAACAUUUGCGGACUUCCAAGCAAUUCGAUCUCCACAUCUCGACUUUAUGGUCUUAAAUCAUAACAUGCCAAGUUUAUGUCAGUCAUCUCUGUCAAUGAAUACAAUUGUGGAUAAAUUGAAAGAAGGAGUGUUAGAAGAUGAAAAUUUUGAUUUCUCAUUGGUUAACGUUCUGGAGAAACGAGGCCCUGAUUCUGGACUGGGUAGCAGUGCUACAGCUAGUAGUGGCCCGUCACAUAUUGAAGAUUGGCCAUCAUUAGCUCUUCUUUUACCCAAACACGUUGCUGAGGCUUGUUCAUUUUUCAAAGCAAAUAGUCAACUUUUAACAGGAACAAAUAAUAUUGAACGGAUAAUACCACGUAGGAACGAAGCAUGUCGAACAUGUUUCAAUGUUAGGAAAAGGCUCCAUCCACCUGUUUGGGCUCAACCUGCUAGAGCACGAUAUAUUCUUUGCGAUUGUGUCACGAGUGAGAUUGUUGAUCGAAAUUCCUCAGCUCAAGAUCAACUUACAUCUUUUGGUCAACUGAGAUUGCGAGCACAAGAGUUGAGCAUUGUUGGCCUACCCAUUUACAAUGCCAAAAGAAAACUGGUCGAAAAGGUCGUAGAGGGAGUAGCAGAAGUAGCGCGAGGAGGUUCACCAACAAAUCUCUGUUCUACUCUCGAGAUGUUGCUCGCCGAUGGUUUAAAAAUUAAACAUCCUUGGGAUAUGAUUGUUACCGUUACGGCACCUGGUCCAGCAACGAACAGUGUAUAUUCACUGGUGCAUAAGUUAGAUAAAAGCGAGAAGCCUUUAAAUUCUCGUGUGGAGGUUUUCUUCAAUGAAUUAAUCAAAUUAGGAUCUAUUGAUUGCUGGAUGUGUUAUGUGGUGCUAAAGGAGAAUGUAUUGGCGAGAAUUUACUACGAUGGUGCUUUCAUGUUACGGGCAAGUACUGCAUAUCGAAGUCUGUUGUGGCGGCUGUUAGAGAAUUUGGAACUGAUCACAUUACUUGAGUAUCGAUCCUCGAACAAUGUUUCAUCCCAGGAAUGGCCCAACACGAUACUUCUGGAAGCUUCACGUCUUGCCAGCGAUUCGCGAGUGCCAAAGAGCUCCUCAAUGCCUGCUCGUCUGUCAAAUCAAAAGCUGAACAGCAUUUACAAUGACCGUACCAAUUCAGUACAUUUCGUCCAUUCUAAUGACACACAGUUACUGCGACGAAGCCGGAUUCCCCUACUUAAUCGUCAUCACGUGAGGGUGGAGCUCCUUCAGCUAGUGCAACGUCUCCAUCUCAGAAGUUGCAUUCACGUGCAUCAAUAG